CAACAACAACAACAACAACAUCCGCUGUUGUCAGCCAUUUCCGGAAAUAAUUAUGCUGAUACACAGCGCGCCCAUUACCCCUGGCACCACCAGCACCACCAACAGCAGCAGCUCUAUCAGAAUCCCUAUCUGCAUUAUGGACGACCAUUGCUGGCCGCUGCGAGCAACCACAACGGUGCUUAUGCCGGCACAGGCGGCGGCCACUCGGGCUAUGGCAUGGAGCCAUCGGUGGAGUAUGAGGUGCAACAAACGCCCCCCUCUGGCAGCUACUCCUCUUACCAUCCGAGCGGUGGCAGUGCGCCCGCGCAUCCUCCGCCACUCCUGCAGCAUCCGCCGCACCCCCCAUAUCCGCCUCCAUACCAUGCGCCCAAAUCGCCGCCCACAACGCCGCCCACAAAGAAGAAGAAGAGCGGCAGCUCUGUAAUGUCGGCGCUGACGUUGCUCUCGUUCUUCUUUUUCGUGAAUAUGCUGCAGAGCUGCAUCAAGGAGCACAUCUCGGAUAUCAACCCCACCGUGAUGGUGCUCACAUCGGUCGGCAGUCGCAAUCGCUUCAAUAAAUUAGCUGAAAUGAACUCACGCGAACAAACCUCAUCGCCAGCAUCCACAACAGCAUCAGAGUCGGCGUCAUCUUGGCAGCACCAGCAACAGCAACCGGCACUGGUGCCGGCAUCCAGCUCCGCCGUGUUACCAGUCAUUGUUACGCCAGCUGUGACGCUGCAUACGCCGUAUAGUAGUGGUUUGGUGACUAAUAAGCCAGCUCCGCAUACCCAUUCGUAUCAGCAAUCGCAUCAACAACAACAUUAUCAUCAGAACCAGAAUCAGCAGCAGCAUCAGCAGCAUGAGCAACAGCAACAACCAUAUCACGAUGAUGCUGAUUAUAAUAACGGACAUCGCACGCCCUCAUCCGCCGCUGAUUUCUAUCCUAAUCGCACAUACAUUGACCAGUCGCUGCGGCCCGACUCCCCCAACUCCAACUCCUACAGCAAUUCGAAUUCCAACUCUGAUUCGUACUCGGACUCCGACUUUGACUAUUAUCAGCAUCACUAUUAUCCAGAAAGGGAGCGACAUCGGCAUCAUUACAUGGACUAUGCGUGGUCCUCUGGCAGCGUGCAUUCGCGUUCACAUUUACAUCCGCAACCGCAUCCGCAUCCGCAGCCACAUCCGCAUCCGCAUCCGCAGUCGUAUUCGCAUGCAGCUGGUAACAAACGUUACUCAUCUUCAGCUUCGUUGGGCGCUCAGUCGGGCGUGAGCUCUUACUCGGAUAAUGCGCGCUACAGGCAAACCAAUGACGCUGAUGAUGAUGAUGCCGACGACGCUGAUUUUGAUCAACAGCGACGACAUCAUUAUGAAAAUGCUAAUGCUGACCGUAGUCCACAGCGACGCGCCAGCGAUUCUUUCUACACACGCAAUAAUUGA